CUUGACAUUAUUUUGUACACAUUCCGUCAGAAACAUGUGAAACACUUCUCAGGCAGUGGUUCACUGCUUUUUGCCUGGAGUGAGCCUCACAGGCGGCGUUAUUUCCGAAGAGGUGUCAUUUCAGAAUGAGGGGUGCUGUAGCUCUGCUGGUGUUGCUGUUCUGUCAGUCUGGGACAUGGACUCAGGGAGAAAGUGGAGGGGACAGAGAGAGUUUGGUAGAGAGCCACGGGACUGAAGAUACAGAGACGACUAGCAAACACACGACCGGCCAGACCACCACAACCCCUGAUAUCUGGGGUGAGGUAGAGGGGCUUAGAGACAUGGUGGAUAACUUGGGAACCAUGGUUUUGGAGCAGAGAGAGAAGCUGAGGAACAUGGAGAAACAAGUGGAAAGAAGGUGGAGAGAAAAAAGGCGCAGAGAAGCUGAGGCCAGACUGGAGAGUGAGAAUACAGCCAUGGGCGCCAGACUGAGUGCCAGUGAAAGGGAGGUGGAGGAGCUGAAGAGAAUGAAUGCAGCCCUGGAGGCCAGAGUGACAGACAGUGAGAAUGGGAACACAGCCUUGGAGGCCAGACUGAAUGCCAGCGAGGGGAUGGUGGAGGAGCUGACGAGAGAGAAUGCAGACAGACCAAAGGUGGCCUUCUCUGCUGGUUUGACUAAUGAUGCAUAUUUAGGACCCUUUAAUAGUAUCACCACACUAGUAUACAGAAGGGUCAUCACCAACAUCGGCAAGGCCUACAACCCAAAUACAGGUGUCUUCACAGCACCAGUGAGAGGACUCUACUACAUCAGAUUCACUGCCAUGGGUCUCAAGGGUCCACAGUCCGUAGGUGCCUAUAUUUACCACAACGACAAGAGUGUCAUGUUCAAUCACCAGAACAAUGACAAUGGACAUAAUAGGUUCUUGUCUAAUGCGUUGACUCUAGAGCUGGAGGCCGGGGAUGUGGUUUACAUGCGUCUCCCAGUAAAUCAGGAGCUCUACGAUGAAAAGUCGAGUAACUACAGCACCUUCAGUGGCUUCCUGCUCUUCCCUAUGUGAAGGGAGCACUCUGAUGUGAGUUUGAGAUCGAUAAAUUAUAAUUUGUACCGUUGAUGUAAAGCGACUCCUUCACUCCAUCCAGGCUUUUGCUUGUAUUUUUGACAGUGAGAAUUGCAGAGGAAAAAGAAAAUAAGAUCAUAAAUAAUCAUAAAAAUGAAUGAUUUAUUUGAUUUGAAAAUGUAAAAGGUUGUUACAUUCAUACGUUGAUGGACAUGAUAAGAAGUCCAGACCCCUCUUUAACCAGGAACCAAAUCAAAGUGUGAACUAGUAACACAACAAUGGUGCUUGACUUAGUAGUGGUGUUCAAGGCAGUCUGAGGUUGACAUUAAACAGGCUGUGUCUGGCUCUGCCGCUACCGCCCCACAGUAAGGCCUCCGCAUCAACACUCAACAGCCUCUUCAUCUUUGUCGCUCUUGGUGAACAUAACUCAGAGAAAAUAGAUAUCACGUGGCGUUCCAAAAGGUUUGAUUUUUGGUCUGGUACUGUUCAGCUUAUACAGGAUAUGUUACCCAUUGGCAGCAUUAUCAGAAAGCACAGAAUUGAUUUUCACUGCUACGCAGACGACACACAACUUUACAUUUCUGAGUCACCAGAAUAUUUUAGCUCCACAGAUAAAUUAUCAGACUGUAUUAGUGAUAUAAAUACUUGGAUGGCUCACAACUUCCUCCAGCUAAAUCAAGACAAGACUGAGGUACUUAUUAUUGGAGCCAAUUAUUUGGCUCACAUUUUAAUUUACGGGCAAUAAAGAUAAAACACCAGGUAAAAAACCUAGGUGUCAUUUUAGAUUCUGAACUCAAUUUCAAAUCCCACAUUAGGAAUGUGACCAAAAUAGCUUUUUACCACCUGAGGAAUAUUUCCAAGGUGCGGCUGUUUCUCUCAGGCUGAUACAGAGAAACUCUCUCCAUGCUUUAAUUACAAGCAGACUACUGCAAUGCUCUCCUGUCUGGUCUGCCCAAGAAAGCCAUUGGUCAACUGCAAAACAUACAGAACGCUGCAGCACGGGUACUGACCAAGACCAGACGUAGAGCACACAUCACAUCAGUUUUAAAGUCUCUGCACUGGCUGCCUGUGAGUGUCAGAAUACAUUUUAAGAUUAUUCAAGAGGGUUUUUAAAUCAAUCCACAAUUGUGCACCCCAAUACAUGUCAGACAUGCUUUUAAGUUAAGUUAUGUACCCAGUAGGUACUCUGUCCCCAAAGCCUAGGACCAAGAAGUAUGGAGAGGCAGCCUUUAGUUAUUAUGCCCCCAGCCUCUGGAAUAGCCUGCCAGAGAACCUGAGGUGGGCUGAAAAUGUGGACAUAAUUUAAAAUAGAUCUUUUUAGUUUUGCUUUUCCUAAGGGUGCAUUUUAGUGGUUCAGUCUUUGUUAUUCUUUUUUUUAUCCUCCUAUUUCAGUUUUUAAUGAAUGUUUUUUCCUGUGAAGUGCAUUUUGUGUUGCAUUCAUGUCUGAA